AGAAAAAGAAAAAAAAAAUAAAUCGAGAAUUCUACCAGUCUUCGACAACCCUCUGCUCGCGGGGGAGGAGGGUUGUUUCCUCCCCAAUGGUCCCUUUUAUCGAACGGUUUGUCGCGUUUUGAUCGUACGCGCCCCAGGCGACGGGCCAUUCACUUUCGUUUCGUCGGGGUGGUUGCACGAUGCGUCGCGCGAAGGGUAGAAGAGGGUUGAAGAGGGUCGCGCAGCCGCGCUGACCGUUGUCCAGCCGGUGGGUCGCGGAUUAUCCUCGCACCUGCACGAUCGAGAGGACGGGAACGUCGUGUGAAGGUGGGAAGAGGGUUGGCGGCAAAUUGGUGAACCCAGUUGGAAAACACGAGCAGCCAAGAUAAGGGGAUCACGAGUCGCGAACGGGGAGUCCAGGAUGGAGAAGCCCGAAUCCUCGACCGGGGAUGAGAGCAAUGGAGAACUCGAGGACAGGGAUCCGAACAGUUUGAACAAACACCUGCAGGUGAUGUGGGAUGACGUGAUCGGUGAACCGGAAGGAAUACGAAGCCCGGAGUGCGCGUGGCGGUUGAGCGGUCACUGCUUCCGAUUGUCCAGAAGAUGUUGUUACGUGUUCCUCUCCGUCCUGAUCGCCCCGUUUCUCUCUCUCUGCCUCGGUCUCACCUUCGCCUGCCUCGCGUUUCAGCAUAUUUGGUGUUUGGCACCGUGUCUCCGCGUUUGGAAGAUCACUUGCGCCGCGACGAGGAAUUUCCUCAGCGUCGUCACGCAAGGCAUCGUGCGUCCCAUCAUGGAGUCCCUUGGCUAUCUGUUUCACAACAUUCGGAUAUUCAACAAGAAAUUGCCCGAUGGUCCGGCCGAGAAGGACGAUAUCCUCGUGGUGUAGAAUCGAUAAAGUCAAAUGUGCCUUUCGAAUCGAUCGAUAACCAUCACCAUGAAAUAUUCUAUCUUUCUCCUAUCUUUUUCCAGUAACAAUCGUUUUUCACAUUUCUAUCCCGUGAUUGCAAUUUUAAUUGUUGUACGGUGUAGAAUUGUCAGUAGUGAAAAAUACUGGUUAAUCUUUGAUUAUAUUAUAUAUAUUUGAAUCAUUAAAAUAAUAAUAUAUAUCUAUUGUUAUAAAUUUUUGUAAAUAAAAUACAUUCUA